GCUGAGUUCUGAUUGUUUCUUAGAGAUGAGAAACUCCCAAAUGACUUUUCCUACCUCAAUCCUUGUACUUGUUAUUUUAGCAUUGUUCUCAAACAAUGUCAAAAUUAUUCCAACUCUAUUUGUUCACGCGAUAAUGUUUCAUGAAAAUGAGCAUUCACUUCAGAAUCCAAUACAUAACAAUAUCUUGCAACCUACCAAUAUAGAUCGUAUUACAAGAGAGAGUCCAGGAGGCCCAGAUCCAAGGCAUCAUCGUUCUUUUCAACCUAGUAAUGUUAAUCAUAUUACUAGGGAAAGUCCAGGAGGUCCAGAUCCAAGGCACCACCACUCCUUACGACCUAGUAAUAUUUACCAUAUUACCAGGGAGAGUCCAGGAGGUCCAGAUCCAAGGCACCAUCAUUCAUUUCAACCUAGUAAUGUUUAUCACAUUACUAGGGAAAGUCCAGGAGGUCCAGAUCCAAGGCACCAUCACUCUUUACAACCUAAUAAUGUUUAUCAUAUUACUAGAGAGAGUCCAGAAGGUCCAGAUCCAAGGCACCAUCAUUCUUUUCAACCUAGUAAUGUUUAUCAUAUUACUAGGGAAAGCCCAGGAGGUCCAGAUCCAAGGCACCACCACUCCUUACGACCUAGUAAUGUUUACCAUAUUACCAGGGAGAGUCCAGGAGGUCCAGAUCCAAGGCACCAUCAUUCAUUUCAACCUGGUAAUGUUUAUCAUAUUACUAGGGAAAGCCCAGAAGGUCCAGAUCCAAGGCACCAUCACUCCUUACAACCUAAUAAUGUUUAUCAUAUUACUAGGGAGAGUCCAGGAGGUCCAGAUCCAAGGCACCAUCACUCCUUACAACCUAAUUACUAGAUCCAAAGCAAGACAACUAUUUACAACAAAAUGAUGCUAAGCAUCAUGGAAUAUCAUCUCAUUAUGGCUAGCAUUCCAUACAAAACUAUAUAUGUAUUUAAACAAUGAUGUUAUCAAA